UUCAGAGUACAGCGGUGUGGCAGGGAAGAUGUCCGGAAUCGCGGCGAAGCUUCAGCGUAACAGAGCAAGGGCGGAAGGCAUCGGCACGAACGCCCAAGCAGUGAAAUACUUGGGGCAAGAUUUCGAGCUAUUGAGGCAGAAUUGCCUAGAAUGUGGUCAGCUUUUCCAGGAUGAGACUUUUGGAGCAAUCCCUUCAUCUCUGGGUUUCAACGAACUUGGACCCAACUCCUAUAAAGUUCGAGGUAUCACCUGGAAACGACCCACGGAGCUGUCUUCCAGCCCCCAGUUUAUUGUUGGCGGUGCCACCAGGACUGAUAUCUGCCAGGGUGCUCUUGGUGACUGCUGGCUCCUUGCUGCCAUUGCCUCCCUGACUCUGAAUGAGCAGGUUCUGGCCCGGGUUGUCCCACCUGGGCAGAGCUUCGAGGAGAGUUAUGCUGGAAUCUUCCAUUUUCAGUUCUGGCAGUUUGGUGAGUGGGUGGAUGUGGUCAUUGACGACAGGCUGCCCACCAAAGAUGGAGAGCUGCUGUUUGUCCACUCAGCCGAGGGCUCAGAGUUCUGGAGCGCCUUGCUGGAGAAGGCCUAUGCCAAGCUGAAUGGCUGUUAUGAGGCCCUGUCGGGGGGGUCCACCACUGAGGGGUUCGAGGACUUCACUGGCGGCAUUGCGGAGGUGCAUGAGCUGCAGAGACCCAGCCCCCACCUUUUCAAGAUCAUCCAGAAGGCCUUGCGCCGCGGCUCACUCCUGGGCUGCUCCAUAGAUAUCACAAGCUCAGCUGACUCAGAGGCAAUCACGUCACAGAAGCUGGUGAAGGGGCACGCGUAUUCCGUGACAGCCGCGGAGGAGGUGGACUAUCGCGGGAGCAGGGAGAAGCUGAUCCGCAUCAGGAACCCCUGGGGCCAGGUGGAGUGGACCGGGCCUUGGAGUGAUGGGUCCAUGCAGUGGCGUCAAAUCAGUGAUGAGGACAGAGGGAGGCUAAGCAACCGAUCUGAGGAUGGAGAGUUCUGGAUGUCAUUCUCUGACUUCCUGCGGCACUACUCCCGGCUGGAGAUCUGCAACCUCACACCUGACGCACUUUCCGAUGACAGUGUGAAGAAGUGGGCCCUGUCCAAGUUUAACGGAAGCUGGCGGAUGGGCUCCACAGCAGGGGGGUGUAGGAACUAUCCAAACACAUUCUGGACAAACCCCCAGUUUGUGAUCAAGCUGGAGGAGGAGGAUGAUGACCCGAAUGAUGACGAGGCAGGCUGCAGCUUUGUGGUGGGCCUGAUCCAGAAGAACCGACGCAAGAUGAGGAAGAUCGGAGAAGACAUGCACACCAUCGGCUUUGCCAUAUACGAGGUUCCUGAUGAGUAUUCAGGCCAGAGGAACGUUCACUUGAACCGUGACUUCUUCCUGCGCCACGCCUCCAAGGCCCGGUCUGAGACCUUCAUUAACCUGCGGGAGGUGUGCAACCGCUUCUGCCUACCACCAGGGGAGUACCUAAUCUUGCCUUCCACCUUCGAGCCAGACAAGAAUGGGGACUUCUGUGUGCGCGUCUUUUCAGAGAAACAGGCAGAGUUCCAAGAGCUGGAUGACCCCAUUGAGUCAAAGGUUGAAGAGGUUGAAAUAGACGAAGAUGACAUUGAUGACAAGUUCAGGAAUCUCUUUGGGCAAUUGGCAGGGCAAGACAGUGAAAUUUCAGCUUUUGAGCUAAGAAAGAUCCUGAACAGAGUGGUAACUAAGCGCAAGGAAAUCAAAACGGAUGGAUUUAGUCUAGAAACCUGCCGCAACAUGGUCAAUCUUCUGGAUAAAGAUGGAAGUGGCAAACUCGGGCUGGUAGAGUUCAAGAUCCUGUGGACCAAAAUUGAAAGCUACCUGAAUAUCUACCGAGAAAGGGACACGGACAAAUCAGGUACAAUGAGUUCCACAGAGAUGCGCAUGGCAGUGGAGCAGGCGGGAUUCUCCCUGAACAACCCUCUGCACCAGAUCCUGGUGGCCCGCUACAGCGAGUCUGACCUCACUAUCGACUUUGACAACUUUGUGGGCUGCCUGGUCCGCCUGGAAUCCAUGUUCAAAACAUUCAAAACUUUGGACAAGGGUAAUUCUGGAGAAGUGGAGCUGAAUUUUCUGGAGUGGCUGAAUGUGUGUCUGCUAUAA